UGAAAAUACGGUGCAUGACAAGCAAAAAAAAAUUUUUUUUGUUCUCGAUUAUAAAAUUCAAUUUUGAUUUUAAUUUUUUUUUUAUUUACAAAAAAUUUUUUGAAAAUAAAACAAAUCUUUUACAAACAAUUUUUCAUUAUGGCACGACCAUUCUUUUUCGGUGGUAAUCAAUCAUCACAACAAAGUCAAUAUUUGGUACAAAUGAAAGCUGGUAAAAUGGUUAAAAAUGGUAAUACGGUAAGCCCAAUCAAAGAACGUAAAGGAUUGGUUUAUUUGCAUCAAAGUGCUGAUGAUAAUUUGAUGCAUUUUUGUUGGAAAGAUCGUACAUCUGGCCAAUUGGAAGAUGAUUUGAUUAUGUUUCCAGAUGAUGCUGAAUUUCUUAAAGUACCACAAUGUACUACUGGCCGGGUAUUUGUAUUGAAAUUUAAAACAUCAUCACGACGACUAUUUUUCUGGUCACAAGAACCAAAAGAUGAUAAAGAUGAUGAAAUUGUAUCGAAAAUUAAUGAAUAUAUUAAUAAUCCAAUGGCUGCAACAAAUGCCGCAAAUCGUAAUAGCGGUACUGGUGUUGGUAGUGGCGGCGUUGGUGGUGGCAGUGGUGGUGGAUUAAUGUCACCAGGUGAUUUAGGUCUUGGUUCGGAAGAAGAAUUUCGUAAUCUUUUCAGUAAUGCAAAUGUUUCUGCACAACAAUUGAUGUCAAUGUUGGAUGCUGGUUUAGCUGUAUUACCACCGGGUGCAAGUCGUUUAGCAAGUCUUUUAGGUUCGGUACAACAAAAUUCAUCAAACAAUAGUGGUGUUGGUACAACUCCAACACGUAUUGGAAAUAAUUCUAUAAUGCAACCAGUACCACCUAUAUCAUCAACACAAACACCGAAUACAACACCUGCAUUAACAAGUUCAGCAACAUCGAAUACAACAACCGGUGGUAAUAAUUCACCUGCUUCUACCAAUAUUCAAACACCAACUGGACUUCAAUUAUCUGAUUUACAGAAUAUUAUUUCCGGUUUAUCAACACCAGGUGAUUCAAAUCAAUCGGAUAAUGAUUUGAAUGUCGAUUUAUCAACAUCUAUUAAUGUUGAAGUAUUGCGUCCAUUAUUAACGAAUGAAGAUUUCAUGAAACGUAUUGGUGAUAUGUUACCACAAUCAACUGCUUCAUCGGAUUCAUCAGUGACAAAAACAACAACGGUCAAACCAUUAUCCGAACAAUUUUUAUCGACUGUACAAUCACCACAAUUUCAACAGGCUUUAAAUUCAUUUAGCCAUGCAUUACAAUCCGGACAAUUAGGACCAUUAAUUCAACAAUUUGGUCUACCUGAAUCUUGUGUUACUGCUGCUAAUAAAGGAAAUUUUGAAGAAUUUAUCAAAGGUUUACAAGGUAAAAAAGAUUCCGCUCAAGAUUCAAAAGAUAAGAAAAAAGACGAAAAAACCACCACUGGUAAAAAAGAAGAUGCAAAAGAUGGCGGUAAAAAAGAUAAAAAAGAUGAAAAAUUUGAUGAUGAUUCAAUGGCAUUGGAUUAAACAAAGAUAGAUCCUUAGAUUCAUUUAUUCAGCAUAUCAAUGCUGUUGCCAAAGGAUUGAAAAAAAAACGAUUACUGUUUUUGAU